AUGAACAUGCAACGCACCAGCGCCGGCACCCUUGACGAGUCCACGGUCGGCCAACGGGUCAAGUUACAAGCCUGGGUCAACCGCCGCCGCGAUCUCGGCGGCUUGUUGUUCCUCGAUCUACGCGACCGCAGUGGGCUGGUCCAGGUGGUGAUUCACCCGGAGGAGCGCCAAGAAGCUCACCAGGCGCUCGACCGAGUGCGGCCCGAGUGGGUGGUCGAGGUCGAGGGCGAAGUGGUGCCGCGCGAGCCUGGGAAUGUCAAUCCCAACCUGCCCAGCGGCGCCAUCGAGAUCGACGUUGAUCGCGCCGCUGUGCUGUCGCCGUCCGAGACCCCGCCGUUCGGCCUCGACGACAAGGAAGAAGUCGGCGAAGAGCUGCGGCUCAAAUACCGCUACCUCGACCUGCGCCGGCGCUCGCUGCAGAAGAACUUCGUGCUUCGCGACCGGGCGACCUUCGUGGCCCGCAGCUUUCUACACGAGUCCGGCUUCUUGGAGCUCGAAACACCGAUUCUGACCCGCUCGACGCCGGAAGGGGCGCGCGACUACCUGGUCCCGAGCCGGGUCCAUGCCGGGCGGUUUUAUGCCUUGCCGCAAUCGCCGCAGAUCUUCAAGCAGCUACUGAUGGUCAGCGGCUACGAACGCUACUACCAGAUCGCGCGCUGUUUCCGCGACGAGGACCUGCGCGCCGACCGUCAACCCGAGUUCACCCAGAUCGAUCUGGAGCUGUCGUUCAUCGACGAAGACGAGGUCAUGCGGCUGACCGAGGAGUUGCUGCGGCGGAUGUUCGCCUUGGUCGAUAUCGAGCUGCCCGAUCCGCUGCCACGGAUGACCUACGCCGAGGCGAUGGCCCGCUACGGCAGCGACCGCCCCGAUCUGCGCUUCGGGCUCGAGAUCCACGAGCUUUCCGAGCUGCUCGGGGCGAGCGGCUUUCGGGGCUUCAAGGCGGCGGUCGAGGGCGGUGGCGUGGUGCGUGGCUUCAGGAUCCCGGGUGCCGCCGCUGCUAGCCGCAAACAGCUCGACGGCUGGGCCGAGAUUGCCCGGCAGGCCGGAGCGGCUGGCGUGCUGGCCCUGCGAAUGCGCGACGGCGAGUUGCUUUUUCAAGUCAAGAACGUGCUCAGCGAAGGCGAACUCGCCGGCGCCGCCGAAGCCUUGCAGCUCGAGGACGGCGACCUGGCACUGCUCGCCGCCGGCCCGGCCAGCACCACCGCCGAGGCCUUGGGCCGGCUGCGUCUGCAGUUGGCGCGGGAGUACGACCUGAUCCCCGCCGGUCACCACGCCUUUCUGUGGGUGACCGAAUUCCCGCUGUUCGGUUGGGACGAGGACCACCAAAGUUGGUCGUCGCUGCACCACCCCUUCACCAGCCCAGACGAGCGCGAUCUGGAACUCCUGGACAGCGCUCCCGGCGAGACCCGCUCGCGGGCCUAUGAUGUGGUGAUGGACGGCAUCGAGCUUGGUGGGGGAUCGAUCAGAAUCCACCAACAGCCGGUGCAACGGCGGGUUUUCGAGCUGCUGGGGAUCGAUGCUGCCGAGGCCGAGGCCCGCUUCGGUUUCCUGCUCGAGGCCUUGCGCUACGGUGCGCCGCCGCACGGUGGCAUUGCCCUGGGGCUCGACCGGAUCAUCAUGUUGAUGGCCGGGGCGCCGUCGAUCCGCGACGUGAUCCUAUUUCCCAAGACCGCUUCGGCCACCUGUUUGAUGACCGAGGCCCCGUCGGCGGUGGAGCAGGGCCAGCUCGAGGAGCUCCAUGUCCAGCUGUUGGACUCGUCAGCAGGCGAUGACGAUGGCGACGGCUACGACGAGGACGACGGGGAAGAAGAGUGA